AUGGGUUCUAUCGGUAACUAUCAUGAGCUCAAUGCAGCCAAUGGAGCUGGGAAUGGGGUCAAGCCUUAUAAAAUUGUGGAACAGCCAAGCCGAUAUCGUCGCAAAAUCCGCAUCAUCGUGAUCGGAGCUGGGGCGAGUGCGUUGAACUUUGCCCAUGACAUCGACACAAGCCCGUUAGAUACUGAACUGGUUCUUUACGAGAAGAACCCAGAGAUUGGUGGCACUUGGUAUGAGAAUCGCUACCCUGGAUGUGGAUGCGACAUACCUUCUGUCAACUAUCAGUUCUCAUGGGCUCCCUCUCCUGACUGGACCUCCUUUUAUUCGGGCGCACCUGAAAUCUUGAAAUAUUUUAAGGGCGUUGCCGACAAGUAUGGGCUUCGGAAAUACAUUCGCCUGGAGCACAAGGUGGUAGGCGCUUUCUGGGAUGAUCAAAAUCAACAGUGGCAUGUAAAAGUCCAGAGAGGAGAUAACCCCGAGGAUGUUUUUGAGGACCAAGGUCACAUAUUAAUCAAUGCAAGUGGUGUACUGAACAAAUGGAAAUGGCCCGCAAUCAAGGGCUUGGAAUCCUUCCAGGGCCCCAGACUUCAUAGUGCAAACUGGGACGACAGUGUUGAAUUACAGGGGAAGCGUGUGGCUGUUAUUGGUUCGGGUUCCUCAGCGGUGCAAAUCGUUCCGAGCAUUCAGCCAAGGGUUUCAUCUCUCAAAUGCUUCAUUCGCAGUGCCUCAUGGGUAACUGCCGGAUUUGGUCAACGAUUCGCAGGAAAAGGGGGAUCCAAUUUCAAAUAUAAUGAGAAGCAAAAACAGAUACUGAAGAAUGACCCUCAGAGAUACCUGGCAUAUCGCAAGAAGAUCGAGUCUGAGCUCAACUCCCGUUUCCGAUUCAUUCUCAAUGGAUCCGAGGAACAAGCCAAUGCGCGAGCUUAUGCGGAGAAGGAUAUGCGUACAAAGCUUGCCGAUCGUCCAGAAAUCGCAGACUCGAUUGUUCCAAAGGACUUUGCAGUGGGCUGCCGAAGACCUACACCCGGAAACGGAUACCUCGAGGCACUUUGUAGCGAAAACACCGAGGUUGUCAGUCAAUCAAUUGAAGAGGUCACCCCGAAAGGCAUUAAGACUGCAGAUGGUGUUGAGCACGAGGUCGAUGUUAUCGUGUGUGCUACCGGGUUUGAUGUCAGUUGGCGGCCAUCAUACCCGACAAUCGGCCGGGAGUCUCGCAGUCUAAGUGAAGAAUGGAAAAAUAUCCCAAGGACUUAUCUUUCCAUCACAGUUCCACACUUCCCCAAUUACCUCAUUUUCAACGGUCCCUUUGGGCCCUACGGCCAUGGAAGUUUCCUUCCGAUAACGGAGACCAUAUCAAGACACUUCCUCCAAAUGCUUGAAAAGAUGUCAUUCGAAGGUGUGACGUCCUUUGAGCCCAAGGUUGAGGCGGUUGCGGAUUUCUUUGAACACCACCGAAACUUCAUGCCUCGAACCGCCUGGACAUCUCCCUGUCGUUCUUGGUUCAAGCAGGGAACGAUCGAUGGCGAGGUUAUGAUGUGGCCAGGUUCGAGAAUUCAUUUCUUUGAGACCAUGAAGCAGCCCCGUUGGGAAGAUUACAAUCUCGAUUAUACAACCUCCAACCGGUUUGGCUAUCUUGGCAACGGCUUUGCCGCACGCGAGUUUGAUGGGAGCGACCUGUCAUGGUAUCUUGGUACGAUUGAUGGCAAUGAAGAGGCACAUCUCCCCGACGAGGACUUUGAGGCUUUCAUGGUCUAG